AAUGUGACUAUUGGUUCUAUCUUAUUGGAUAAUGAUUAGUAUGACUUCCUUUUUUGAGAACUUUCAUUCUUAGUUUUCUCACGUGGCACAUUUCUGCAUCAUUAUGUUUAAGGUGAGGGUCACACUGAUAUCGAGUGUUUGGUGGAUGUUAUGAGAAAGUUUUCAUAGCAUGUCUUAAAGUUCCAUUUGUAGUUUUUCAUUCUUGCUUCCUGUGCAUCAAAGUUCACCAUCUGGUUUCAUGCUUCAGGUAUAUUUUGUAAUUCGGAAGGAAUAAGCUACCUAUCCUGUUUUGCUUGUUACAUGAGUUGCUUUGUAGCUUUAAGACAUUGAAGAGCCACGUUAAACCCAAACCUUAAUUUAGAACAUUCUUCUUAAACCACUAAGGAGCAAGUUUUUUUAGUAUAACAGAUGUUUGGUAUUUACCACUUUCUGCUUUCUAUGCCAUUCUUUCUUCAUCGCUUGUCUUGGAACUAAUUUGUUAUGACCAAAAUACAUUAAUUCAUGUUGUUAAGUUUUUGAUAAAGGACUUUCAUUAGAAGUGAUCAAUGAGAAAGUAUCGGUUGUCGCAAAAGCCAAAUUUCUCUAUUUCUGGCACAGAUCCUCCACCCCAGUCAACAGUUUGCCCCAAAAACAGGUGAAGUCUGUUCUUUCUAGUAAUGUGUUAGCGAGACAAUAGGCUUGCCACUUCUGAACAUUUUGUAGAAUGUUUGGUGCCAUACAAGAAUUUAGAACAUUCUUCUUACCAGCUCUGUACAUUGCCUUUUUGUCUGCAGUGAUACCAACUGAUGAUUUGAAUCGCCGUCUUGAUUCUUUUAUGGUUCUUGUAGAUGCUGCUGCUGUUCCAGUUACAGAUCACGAAUUUUCUACCAUUCAGUAAAUGCUAAAAUGAUUCAAAAUCUACAGGUUUGUGUUUAGAGAGGAUCAACAUACACCUGCUGAAGGAAAAGAUGGGAAUGUUGAACAUCAAAAUUUAUUCACAGAAAGGGUGAGAUUGAAGAGUUGACAGAUUCAUGUUUCACUGCAGAGCAGAAUUGUUCUGUCGUCAGUGUCUUCUUCAUCUCUUGCAUGGCUGAAAGUCGUAUCCUUCUUUCCUUUACCAAGUAGUAGCGGUGUUUGAUUUCUUCACCCUUGGCCUCAGUUGCUUCCUGACUAAUUGAGUUCUUAGUUCAUGUUUAUGCCUCACUUAAUCCAAAGUUGAUUUCUCUCUCUAUCUGAAACAGGAAAAGGAUGAAGCUACUGGUUUGUUCAUCCGCAGAAUUCAACGUCGGAUGUGAUCAGGCUUCCGCAUCAUGUUUACAGCACAAAAUGGGUGACAUGUCUAUACAUCUAUGAUGGUGUUAGGUCGAAAUCCUCUCAUUUGAUUUCUCCAUGUCAAUCGCAUCAGUCCUAUCUGUUGUGUGGGCAACGAUAGCAACCCAAGGAUUCGGUGGAAUCGACAACUUCAGUUCUGUGGAGGUGCAGUUCGAAGUUGUUGGAAGUGAACCCGUCACACAGUACGUGAGGACGAAACCGGCACGUAUACGACCCGAAAUUUCCUGCGUCAACCAUAAGACGAAUUGCAGCAAGAUCCUCUUCGAUGGAGUCGACGAUGUGUGGGUGCUGGAAGAGGAGCGGGAAAGGAAAGGGGGGAGGCGGAGGCGGCGACGAGGAGCAGCAGCAGUCGUCGCCUUGGAAUCUGUUCAUCGAUCUCAAGGUGUUGGAGGCCGCUACCGAUAACUUCUCAGAAGCCAAUCUCCUCGGACAGGGCGGCUUCGGCCCCGUUUAUAAGGGGGUGAUGAAGAAUGGGCCGGAGAUAGCAGUGAAGAAGCUGUCGUUGCACUCUCGGCAGGGGGUGCGGGAGUUCACCAACGAGGUCAGGCUACUGCUCAAAGUCCAACACCGGAAUCUGGUUUCGUUGCUCGGCUGCUGCGUCACCUCCGAUCAGAAGAUGCUCGUCUACCCCUACUUCCCAAACCGAAGCCUCGAUCACUUCCUCUUUGAUAAGCGCAGAACGGCAUCGCUGGAUUGGUCGAAACGUUUUGAGAUUAUUGUGGGAGUGGCAAAGGGCCUUCUGUACCUCCAUGAAGAGUCUCCAGUGAAGAUCAUCCACAGGGACAUCAAAGCCAGCAACAUUCUACUUGAUGACCGAUUGAACCCAAAGAUAGCUGACUUUGGCAUGGCGAGACUCUUCCAAGGGGAUGAUACGCAUGUCAAUACAUUUAAGGUUUCUGGUACCUACGGCUACAUGGCACCGGAGUAUGCACUGAGCGGCUAUCUGUCAGCGAAGGCUGAUGUCUUCAGCUUUGGGGUAUUGAUGUUGGAGAUCGUGAGCGGGAGGAAGAAUAUCGACAAAAAGCUGGACGAAGAGCGGAUCGACCUACUGAGCUACACAUGGAAGCUCUUCGAGGAAGGUAAAGCAUUGGAGAUCGUGGAUCCUAGUAUUUCCACUUGGGACCGUGAUGAAGCCGCAUUGUGUAUCCAAGUCGCACUGUUGUGCUGCCAAGCCGUGGUUUCUGUCAGACCUGAGAUGCACGGUGUCCGUCUCAUGCUAUCGAGUGAGUCGUUCUCGUUGCCGAAGCCAGGAAGGCCUGGAACUCGUGGAAGAGAAGGGCGAUGGACAAGCACCGCCACAUCAACUCUCACCAGGACAAGCGCAAACAGUACUGCUGCUUCCACUGGUACUGAUGCCAGCAAGUCUUCUUCCAUCUUUUACGGCAUAGCUGAAGACUUCUCUCGCAAUUCUAUCUCCGUAUCGUUUACUACGGAGGGCCGGUGAAAUGAACUCUUUCUCCUUCCCACUCUCUCUCUCUCUCUCUCUCUCUCUACUUUUCUUGAGCACCUGGACGUAUUAGUACAUUCAAGAGUUCAUCUAUCAUAAUUCAAUCCACGUUA